AUGGCAAGAAAACGCAAAGUUGGGUAUGAGGAGAUGAGUGAGGAUCUGGAAAGAAAGGAGAUAUUGAUGGAGCUGACAAAAAUGGCCAAUGCCUGGGAAUUCACUUGCUCCUUUUGCUUCAAGAAAUUCCCUUCUGCUCAGGCAAUGGGCGGCCACCAGAACGCCCACAAGCACGAGCGUAUGGAGGAGAGGCGUCUCUAUAUCAAGGACCCCAUUGGGUACCGCAAGCGGGCAUACAUCAAGUCCAUGAACAUCAAGGAAGCUGCAGCCCAACCAUCCGGCCCAAAACAAGUCUUCAAGUUCCAAUUCCUCAACAUUAAUGCCUCACCAAAAAUCCCCCACAAUGGCGUUUUGCAAUUCAAUGCUUCUGCUGCUUCUUCCAGUGUUAAUAAUAAUAUUUAUAAUAACAAAAACUAUUUUUGCCAGCCUGCCGUUGUUGUGAUGAACUUUCUGCCGCCAAAGGAACUGAGCCUUGUCAACACUGUCGGUGGAAAUGCGCGCAUGGAGAUUGAUGAUGUUGGUGGCAGUGGAAUGUAUUCGGAGAAGAAGUUGGAUUUGACUCUCAAACUGUAG